GCCUCUCUCUCGAUACACCUUUCUCCGGUUCCCAACAGCCGGCGGCGGACCUUGCUUCCCCUUCAGUCCUCACCGGGACACAGACAAAGUUACGCACGGGAGAAAGGUCAAUCGGUCGGUUGCUCGAGUACUGAAGCUCUCGUUAAUCGCACUGUCUGGUGACCAGGUGGAAAAUUGUUUAUCUUUAGUAUCUUCGUGAACAGACUGUGACAAUAAGAAGAGGAAAAGACUUAUCACUUAUUCCACACCCCUAUUUUUUUUUAUUUAUAAGGGAAGGAAAUUGGAUUUGUUUUUUUGGAUUUAUUAUUAUUUUUUUUUAAACGUUUAUUCAACGUAUCGGUUUUGGUAGAAUUAUUUUUGAAUGAAAAAUAAAGAUUUUAAAAAUUGAUUGUUUGUUUGAUUUUGGAUUGAACGAUAAAGGUGAUCGGUACGGAAUUGUGUAAAAGAAGGGAAAAAUCGAUUUUGGUGCCGAUGUAACAAGGUAACGUUGUAACGUUUGGACCGACAAUUACAUGAGAGUGUGCAUCUUCUGAUUUCGUAAUUCGGUGACAGUGGGAAAACAGAUGGGCGAAGACAUGUGGAGACUUUGGUUCACGAAAUUGUUGAUGCUGGCGGUGGUAUUGCUCCUCGUUAUUGUGGAAACACAAUCUGAAGGUGAGUGUCAUUUCAUCUUGUUGUCGAUGAUAUGAAUAUCCUGAUCGAUAAUGGAUCGUUGAUAGAAGUUAGACCAGCUAGGAUAGAGAGGGAUCUGCAAGGUGUAACCACAGUCCUCUUAGUCUCGGCACGACCCGGCAAAUCCAUCCCUCCAGUCGGUCUAUUAACGAAAACUGCGCGAACUUUCGUCCAAGAUGGCGCCAGUACGGAAUUCGCCACUCAGAUACUCGGUACCACAUUAGAUAAUGGUCGUGUAUAUGCCAAAAUAUUGGCCACAUCUAGUAGGGUAUUCUAUGACAAGGAAUUUAUGCCAGAUUCCCCUACGCCAUAUGUAGUUUAUCCUUCGAGAACUACCGAUGAUGAUUGGCAACUCAAGGUGGCCCUUGAUAAUGCACCCAUUAAAGCUUUGAAAGAUAUCGAAAAUUCUGGAUUAGAAAAAGAUUCUGAUAGUCAGAGUGGGGAAGGAAAGUCUUCGAUGAAGUUGGAUGAAUUAUCUAGAGAGAAUGAUAUAUUUAGUAGGAGAGAAAUAGGAUCAGAUUCACAGAGAUUUAAACCUGCAAAGAUCAGACCUGCUGAUAAUCUUCCGACUUAUACAGUGACACAUGAGUACGUAACCAAUAAUUUCGAUAAUCUCGAAGAGGACCAGCCAAAGAGUUUUAGACCCAGAUUGCCCAAAAUUUUCAAGCCUCAAGCCAAAACUUCCGUGCAGAAGAAAUUGGACUUAAAACCUCUAGCAACCGUAACGUAUCAUGGAUUCGCCGAGUUCACUACUACCGUUGGUGAAACGGUUAUAGUUUUUUCACCAAGUACGUCACCAGCACCUAUUGGUCGUUCAGCUACUACGAUCAAAGGUGAUGCGACUUUAAGACCUGACGAUGGAAUUGCGGUUGUAAAGAUUAGGCCUACUAGCGUAAUUAUUGGCCAAGAAAAGACCAAACAAUAUCCUGAACGCACGUCUGAUCCGCAUAGCGAAACGGAUGAUCCUUUAUUGGAUGCUAUCAACAGAGCGAAUAUUCAACCUAGUGUUAUAGAAGAAUUCGAAGAGUCUUCAACGACAUUCACGGAACCUCUUCUUCUGAUACCAGACAUUGAAACUGAUUUAGUGAAACCAACAGGACUUUUGAAAGUCUUAGAUUCUACUAUUUCUCAGGAUGGUAUUACUACUCAUUACAAGAGUCUGAUUUAUGGUACUUAUAUCGGUACGAAUUAUGCUCAAAUUAUCCAUACCUCAUCGAACGUAUACUUUUUUCCCGAUGAAGCCACUGCUACUUAUGAUGCCGAGGAUACUACUAUGGAUUAUGGAACAACUGCUACUGAAUCUGAUGAAGAACAAGACACCACAUUGCAAAUGACAACAGGUACCACACCGAGAAUAAUCACUACUAGUGAGGAAGUUCCAGAGAUGAACGAAUUAACUACUCCAUUCAAAGAUACCACUGAUUCUGCAUUAACGACAUUGAAAGAUAUUCUGGAGAGCGCAAGAAGAGUAGUGCUUGGUACCACAGAAUCGAUUGCUCCAACUUUGGAUGAUGAGAUCCCUAACGAUAUAGUUCCUGGAGAUCCUCAGGGUCGUAGUAUCAAAAGUAGUAACUCGAAGAACAAUCUUGAACAUCAGGAUCAUAAAGAACAUGAGUUUAUUGAGCAGGAAGAAAAAAUUUCUUUGGCUACCAGACUCCUUCCUUCCACAAUGUAUAAAACAUUUACCUAUUACACUACUUUUUUCAUUCCUAAUGGCGAUCAUACUACGACUUCCAUACGUUCCAGAGAAGUUGUGUCUUCAGAUAUUAUUUAUUUGACGGAGCUUAUUCUACCAAGUGAAACAAUAUCCUCUAUUGUUCCUACGGCUAUAACUGAAUCUAUAUCGACCAAAACCACUCCAGAUACGAGUCAAGCAAUUGAAGAGGAGCAGACUACUAAACAGGACGAAGAGAUAGAGUUGAUCUUUAAGACUCUAUAUACCACAUAUACGUAUUUGACAACCUUUUUCCAGGAAAAUACUUCCAGCAUCUCCAGUCGCGAAGUCGUAGAAACGAAUGUAAUCACUCAGACUAUUGGUCCGAAUGGAGUGUCUGCGGUAGUUGCAGGGUUGUUCGAGAAAGAUGAACCUACUUUAAUAUUGCCAACGAAAAUUUCGGACAGUAGUUUGCCUUCAACGACUCUUGAACGUGAGGAAGAGACUGAAAGAUAUCCAACAACUUUAGAACAAACAACAGAAGAUACUCUUACAACGUUGCAAGAACAAGAUAUUACUACUGAUCAGAAUAUUCCAACGGAAUCGGGAAUAAUUAUUGAAAAAGAAGUUGAAAACACAAAACAAACGAUUCCUGAAAUCGAACCCAGUCCAACUCCAAUUUUGCCGACUGAAGAAGUAAGGAAACAGAUCAAGACCUAUUACACAACAUACACAUAUUAUACUACAAUAUUUGUUGAUGACGAGACAGAAGUAGAAACAAGAACAGAAAUAUUCACCAAUGUAGUAACAGAAACUAUUCAACCAACCGCUGUAAUUCCACUUGUCCAAAAAACUGAGAAAUUAUCUUCACCAAUAGAGGAACCAGUCAAGAAACCGCCUCCAGAAAUCUUGGCAUAUUUGGAAGCUAUUCAAAGGCAAAAAUCGCAAGAAGAAGCGUUUCUUCUUGCCAAAAAAGUUCAACAACACGGAACCACUCAUAAUGAAGAGAGUAUAACUGUGCCUGAGGCUAAAACAGAGACUACAACAGAAUAUCCAAGUACUUUUGAAGAUCAACCAAUUACAGAAAAUUUGUUUCGAGGUUUCGAAGUAAACGCACAGGUGACGCCAAAUCCACCAAUCGAAGGAGAAAUUUUAGGAUCUAUGAUCACUGACGUGGUAUCAUCUUCUAGUUCUGGAGGAGGUACAAUAUUAGAUGUGAUGGACAAGAGAAACGCGGUUCCCGAAGAUCAAGAAUUUUCAGAAUCGAACCAUCAUGAUGUAGAGCCAGUACCAACGCUUUUGCUUCAGACGAGUUACACUACCUUCACUUAUUUCACGACAAUGUACAAAGGUGAUGAAUCAAAUGUAGUGAGUCGACUAGAGACGGUUACCAAUGUGGUGACUGAGACUAUCAGGCCAACAGCAGUAGUACCUAUGGAGACGAGUACUUUACCAGUUACAUAUUUCACGACGUUCACUUAUUGGACAACAUUCUACAAAGAUGGCGAUACCAUUACCACUAGUCGUGAAGAAACUGUCAGUAAUGUUAUUACUCCAGGAGUGUUACCUACUCCUACUGUGGAAUUAGGAGUAAUCAUGACUUAUAGACCAACGACAUUGUACAUUGAGGAUAGUAGUGAUAGUCUAAUCAACGAAAAAGAAUCCAAAGUCACUGCUGAUAACGAAGUGACACCUUCAGCUGCUAUUCCUAUUGAAAAUUCUAAGGGUGAAAAAUCAGGCACUACGACUUCUAAAGACAUUAUUUCGUCAUCUUUCGAGAAUACUGUAGAAUCCACGACGAUUUCACCUGAACCUACCACGUAUUAUACUACUUAUACUUACUACACAACUUCCUAUAUUGGCAACGAAACGAUUAUGAACAGCAGAUUGGAAACUGUCACAAGUGUUUCCAUACCUGAAGUUAUUGUCACCCAACAACAGGCAACCGGAAGAGCAAUUGAUGGACCAGUAUUCAAACAAACUAUAGCAACUGAAGAGAAAUCAAUUAUACCCUCAAAAACUAGUGAACUUCCAAAAAUUGGAUUAAUCUCAACGAUCAGAUCUAGCCAAGUUAACGAUGGUACUACCACUCAUUAUAUGACGGAUAUUCAUGGCACAUAUAUCGAUGGAUUAUACGCUCAAAUUGUAGAAAGUUCAACAAAAGUAGAGACACCACCUUUGCCAUCGUCUGUAGCUAGCCCAGUUUUGCUACCAACAGGUAUUUUAUCGAUGAAUAAAGGUACUGUAAUAGAUGCUGAUGAAAUCACUACGAUUUACUUUACUACGAAGCAAAUUGGAACAUUAUUAGAUGGUCUAUAUGCAAAAGUCAUCGAAAGUACUUCGAGUACAAAGAUAAACGAGGAGAGAAAAGCAACUAUUUCACCUACUCACGGUCACAGAACUGGUCUGGUAAGGUUAAUUCAAGGACAGAUCGAAAAUAAUGGAACUACUACAUUUUAUCAAUCAAAAGUGAUUGGAACUAGUAUCGAGGGUAGAUACGCUCAGAUCAUAGAGAGUACUUCUAGCUUCUUUUCUGCUACUCCAACAGAAAGUAUUUCACCUACUUCAACCUUUCCGCCUACCAAGCCUACUGAGAUCUCGGAGAUCUCACCUUCACCUGCAGUAAUUCAAUCAUCUCUAUCAGAAGAACAUACAACGGAAUCUCCAGAUCAAGACGAAGAUUCAGAGCAGAACGAGGAAAGUGAAGAAGAAGAUGAAGAAGGGGAAGAUGGACAAAGUUCUAAGAAAAAGUCUAGGCUGACUUUUUCUACUAGAAAAAGAACGUUUACUCCGGUAAUCAGACCAUUUGCAUCUAGAAAUAGACCUACGUUCAAUCCGAAACGGAAAGGUGCUCAAGGUGCAACAACCAUUACUAGAACAGACAUAACACCUACAAUAACCGCAACAUUGGCUGGAAAAGGUAAUAGAUUCGCUUCAUCCAGAGGUCGAGUUAGUUCUCCGAUAGGCCCAUAUUCCUCUACUUUGUCUCCAUCAGGCUCCAGGAGAUUUGCUGGAAGGAGAGGUUCUCCAAAUACAGCCAGUUCAUAUUCUUCCACCAUAAGCGGAAGUACCAGAGGUAGGCCUCAAUCCAGAAUAUCUCCAUCCUCAGUUUUUCAAGGUAAUAGACGUGGGUCGACAUCCAUUAGAGGAUCGUCUGCUAGACCUGCAUCUCGUGGCUCGAGUUCUGCUUUUCCUGGAGUUUCUACCAGAUAUAGAUCACCAAUUAGACCGUCGUCUACUUUAUUAAGAGGUCAAUCGACGAUUAAACAUGACGAUCAAGAGAACGAUGCUAACGAAUUCACAACGACUACUUUGAUUACUGAAGAAACUCCUUAUACCGAUAUUGCGGAAGAUGGUGAAACUAUGACAACGCCUUUGCAGACGACUACAGAGUCAUCGAGAAAAUCCACAAAUCCCUUACUAAGAUUCCGUAGGCCAAUUGGUUUCAAUAAUUCUGGAAGAACUAGUACAACACCUAAAUCACCAACAACUACAAGAAGAAACGGAAAUUUGAAUAGACCAACUUCACCUACUGUUCCUAAAGUAACUAACACCAGAACUAAUGGAAGAAACACUCCAAUAUCGACGAGACCAAGGCAAAGUAACACUGGAUUGUUUCCGCCUCGAGGCCUAUUUGGAAAAAAACAGGAACUACCCACCGAGGAGCAGAUAGAGCCUAACGAAGACUUGGAAACCGAAGGAGAAGAAAAUUUCGAAGAUGAGCCUGUAGAGGAAAUAAUUGAUAAUGAUUAUGAAGGAUCUGAACAUGAAGACAGGAUCAAUCGUCGUUCUAGCAAAUCUAUUAGACCCACUGUACAAAUCAGACCGUUCAUUAGGCGAAGAAUACGUCGACAGGCAAGUCAAUUGAGAUCAUUGACCAAUAGAUUUAGAAGGCCUAGUCAGUCAAGUUUGAAGUCUGAAGAAAAAUCAGACAUAAACGAGAACGUAUCCAGCAAAGAAGAAACUUCAAAGUCUAAUUCCAAGCCUGUUGCUCGUUACAAUAAUCGUGGAAGGUCUCUAACAGUAUCCAGAUCUCCAACGAAAUCAUCCAACAAUGAGAAAACAUCAGCAGAGUCUGCAGAAUUGAAUCAGAACAAGGCUAGAAAUAGAUCGAAACAGGGGAAUAAUGACAGAAACACGUCUUCCAGGAUAAAACCGACAUCAACCUCUAGCAAUGGUAGACAAUUUACGUUAAGAGAGAAAGAUGGAACUUCUUCUAGCAGAUCGAGUUACAAAAGACCCAAUUCAUCUACAUCUAGAUCGAAUGGAAGAUCCAAUAAUGUAAGACCUCCACGAUUGCGAAAUGGUUCGAAUAAAUCUUCUGAAUCAACUAGCACGAGACGCGUACCUCCUUCUAAUCGCAGUUCUUCAAGAACUCCCAACAGAAAUAGUAAUCGAAGAGGUUCUUCCAGCAGAACAAGAGGAUCUCUGGAGGAUAUCAGAGAAGCGCCCACUGUAUAUCCAGACUUUGACGGUACCAUUACGGUUACCCAUUACGUGCCCACUGAAGUCACAAUCCCCGUAAUCAACAAUGGUAUCACAGAGCACAGAAAUAUCAUUACCGCGCAACCUAGUACCGAAGUCCUAAGUCCAUCUCAAUACAGAACAGUGACAGGUGGAAACGGCAAACCAUUAAUAGUGAUUGUUAGCGAGAUAACCGGUACAAAUCCUCAAGGUCAAACCGAGAUAACCCGAUUCUUACUUCACGAGACGCCGACUACUCGUGUCUCCUACACGUUGACCACUCUAGGUGGUCGAAGGGCCUCACAAUCAGUGAUUGUACCCUCGACUGUCUAUUCCGUAGAAAACGUGAUAUCCACAGUACAACCUACUCUCCCUGGAAACGCGCCUCUAGCAAACAUUCUUCUAUCACAAUUACUUCUCGGUCAGUUAGGCCAGGCGAAUCCCUUGCUUCAACCCCAAGGUACACCGUCCACGCAAUACAAUACUCGUACCACCUCGUAUGUGACCACGAUUACUAAACAACAGAGUACUGUGAUCCCGCUUACUUUUCGUGGCAAGGAAAUCCUUACGACCCUGGUGGACACUUCGACGGAUAUAGUGACUGCGACAGAGUUCAUCACAGACACGGUAGUGGUCACACCCACGGCGGCUUUACCAGCUGCGAAUUUGAACUCGUUGUUACUGUUGCUUCAGCAACCCCAGCCCCAGAAAAAUACAAAUCCUCUAUUGGAUCCUUUGUUCGCUGCUCCUCCAUUCACCCAGAGCAAUACUUUACCUGGUGAAGUCGAGAGAAGGCAUCAGCCAGCUGACUCGGAUUACAAACACGAUAGCUAUGAAUAUUCUGACGAGGAGGAGGAUGUUCAAGAGUAUCAAAAGUCAUCCAGAACGAGGAAUAGCAGGGGAAAAUCGAACGAUAGAAAAGAGGAUAAUGCACCUAAGGAAGAGUCCAGUGUAGUAACGUUGUACGUAUCCGGUAGGAGGCCAGGGGAAUUCAGCACUAUUCUGAGCACCGUGAAAGUGACUGACACGGCUAGUUCGUCCCGAAAACGACGAGAUACCAGCGAUGACUUGGUCAUCGAGGUACGACCAUCUAUCCCACCCGCGUUGCACGAGGGAUCGGAGGAGAUCACUGUCUUGGCGGGAAGCGAGGACUCGCUAGAUACACAUGCGCCGACACAGAGUCUCGAGAGCGUAGUGGGUGAUGUCGGACGGCACAUUUCCACGUCUAUCCACACCUAACAUCCGGACAUACAUAUGUCGUUAGAUAAUCCUUCCUCUCUUCUGUCCUUAACUUGAUAGUUAACAUUUGAUCAAUAAUGUCCAUCACGAAAUCCAUUAAAAAAACCCACCUAGACCGAAGCUGAUGACCUUUCCCUAGCUCAUUUAUGCUCACGUGUUGCAACAAAUUCUAAGAUAAUCAUACGUCUCGCGUGCAGAUCGAAUUCUUACGAAGAUUUGUUCUUCGUUCGUAGAAAUGCUUUUCAGAGGAAAAGCCUCAGGAAAAGCUCGCAGCUUCGGUUGAUCGAAAAGACUUAUCCCGCUUUUUUCACGUCCAUCUCACGUCCUGUUCGCAUUCCCAGUCUUUUUUUCUUUUCUCCUUCCUGAUUCUUUUCACUUGUGGUUCUUUCCUCCCUAUUUCAUUAACAUAGCCUCGAAUCCGCCGCCGCACACGCGCCCACACGCGACAAGCUCUCACACGCAACGCAUGGUACUCUUUUUUGUCUAUGGUUAUUUGUCGGACAACAGAUCGCGCCGGAAGAUAUAAUAACAAUACUCUAUUCUAUUAAGUGCACGAAAUCGAACGAGUAAGGAAUGUAUUUGACAAUAUUUUUAUUUAACUCUCGGAUGACCUGGCCUAACAUUUGAGACGAUUCGAUAUGUCCUUUCGCCUGUUGCUCACGAUUGUUCUAGCUGUAACUCACACAUACACGCACACAUACACACACACAUACAUACAUACAUACACACACACACACACACACACAUUUGAAUAUAUAUUGUACGUGAUGGCGAGGAUCACAGUGCGUGUACGCAAGCGAGAAAACGUCGUCUUUUCAGAUGACUUCUAUCCUGAUAACUACUACCAACUAACGAGCGAUGUCGAUAGCAAACGCAUGUGGUUGUCUGAAGAGAAUUCUAGGAGUGUGAUUUCAUUUGACGAGGACUACCUCGAAGAAACUCCCAGAAAACGCGUAAGAAUUCGCAUUCCUA